UUGACCUUCAGGAAUCGUCUGCAUGAAAUUUAUUUUAGAUUUAUGCACGUGGAAAGUAACGACGGAUUCCGACGAUCGUAAUCGUGAAAGAGAACAUGACAUAUUUAAACAUACUUUGAUAAGAUAUUUUGGCUAUGCCAAUGAGGUAGGUGAAUCUUUCCGUGCCCUGAUCCACGUGAACUGGGUGCGGUUGUCCUACCUGACAGCAUCUGGAUAUGUGGUGGCAGACUCCAUACACAAGGGAUACCUCACUUCACAGAAGUCCUUCAAUAGUCCGCAUGAAAAGAGAACUCAAGUUUCCGUGUCAGUGGGUGACACUUUGGUCUGGCAGGGUUUGGCAUCCGUCGCUAUUCCUGGUCUGACAAUCAACAGAAUCUGUGCCCUGUCUAACAUCCUCUUGAAGAAAACUUCCAGCCUCCCAUGCAGUGUGAGAAAAUGGACAACCACAGGCAUAGGACUAGUCUGCAUCCCUUUCAUCAUUUCUCCGAUAGACAGAUCUGUCGAUCACCUCAUGGACAAAGUUAUUCGACCCUAUUAUCCUGUAUCAAGUGACCCACAUAGUAACCAUGAAGAUUCGGAAUCAGGAUCUUGACCUUUUUCAAAAUGAGACACUUCUGCAUUUUAUUGUGUAUGAAAGAGGGACUUUGAUUGUAGACGAUGUUUGCAUGAUAAUGGCAAAAAGAGGUAGAUUUUAGAAUUUGUAUGAUCCAUGUGACCAUUUGUGGCAGAGCUCCAGAUAAGCUGCGUAUCUGCGUGAAAUACGCAUCAGAAAUGCAGAAAUAUGCAGUAAAAAAAAAUCCAAGCAUAUCAAAUAAGCAACGAACAUUACAGAUAC